AUGGAGGACCCACAGUAUGUCGCAUGGAUGAAAGAGCAGAAGAAGCAGGGGAAGCCGUCCCCGUCAAUCAAGCAUAUGGCAAAGGCCAAGCGUGACUCCGCCGGCGCAUCCACUAGCGGAGGCGCACGGCGUGACUACGACGAUGGCGCCGACACUGACGUCAGCGACGACGAUCUCGAAGAGAUCGUCUCGGAAUCAGACAGCGAAGCCGAUUCCGACAACUACAAGGAUGGGAGCAACGACGACGGCCAGGAUGAGGACGGCGGUGAAGAGGCAAGCGGCGACGAACGCAGCACACGCGCGUCGAAGAAGGAGAAGCGCCCGCCUGCACCGCGCAAUAAGCGGGUGUGGUCGGACGCCGAGCUGGCCACCCUCGCGGCCGCACGCUGGAACACAAAGGACGAUUUGAAAGCGAUGCAGGGCAAGCAAGGGAGUCAGUACUGGAUGAAACUGCGUGCACACAUCGUCGAAGGGGACGCCUCGUGGAACCGCGAUGAGGGGCAGAUGUCGAACGCGUGGAAACGCCUGGAGAAAAAGUACCUAAAAACGAAACGUGGUGAAGGGCAGAGCGGCGGGAAAGCAAUCAAGAAAAAGCCGUGGUGGGAGUACAUGUAUAAUCUCAAGAAGCACUCGGCCAAGGCGAAGGCUCACGCACUGGACGGAGGAGGCGCCGCCACCGUGGACGUCCCUGCAUACGCCCCGGUGCCCGGCACCACCGAGCACGCUGGUGACACUCCGCCACCCAAACGAAGGCGGGUAUACGAAACCGCCACUAUGGCAGCAGCAAAGCUGGUGAGCGAUGCCAUCAACUCCACCAACGCGAACGUGGUGCGCCAGCUUCAAGACUCCACUCAGACGCUUGUCGCCGUCAUGAACAUGGCGGCCCUUCAGGCUGGCGUGCGAUUGCAGAUGGCCACACCGCACGCACAACAGGCUGCGCCUCAGACGACGCCGGACCUCGCGCCACCUGUCGACACUACCGACGCCAACAUGGCGUUCACGGAGGAGGUGGCAGAGCAGCCCGAGCCUUAG